CAUUCAAGGUUGUGAACAAGGUGAUUUGAAAACAUUAGAAAAAUAUUUAAAUUCUUUAUCAACAACAGAUAUUAAAUCAAUACGUGACGAACAGCAAGCAACACUUGUUCAUUAUGCUGCACGAUUCGGACAUUUACAUAUACUUGAAUAUUUAAUAGAAAAAAAAAAUUUAGAUAUUAGUCAAUUGCGUACAGAGCAUGGUGCAACAUGUGCACAUGAUGCUGCUGUUUGUGAUCAAGUUGAAACACUUAAUUAUAUCUUCCAUUAUUCAAAAUUAAAUAAUCAUAAUAGACAAGAUUCAUUUCAAAAACUUCGUUGGACUGUUCGAGAUGAACAAGGAAAUACACCAUUGCAUCUUGCGGCUGCUUAUGGUUCAAUAAGAACUCUUCAUUAUUUAAUUGAAAAUGAAUUAGCUGAUCCUCAUAUACGAUCAUAUAAUGGAUUUCAACCAAUUCAUUAUGCAGCUUCAUCUGGUCAUACAAAUUGUGUUAAAUUAUUAUUAACGAUCGCACCAGAUACAGUUAACGAACAAACAAAUACUUUAUUAACACCUAUUUAUCUUGCUUGUCAAUAUGGAUCAAUAGAUACAAUUAAAAUAUUAUGUUCACAUGGAGCUAAUUUUAAACUAAGAGAUGAAAAUGGUUUAAAUUGUUUACAUGCUGCUUGUCAAAGUUCACAUCUUCGUGUUGUUAAAUGGCUGGUAGAAAAACAAAACGCUAAUGUCGAUGAUGUUGAUUAUAUGAAUAAUACUCCACUUCAUUAUGCAGCAGCAACUGGUAACGAAGCUAUUUUGACAUAUUUAUUAGAAAAAAAUGCUCGAAUUAUAACAUCGAGCAAUGGUAAUACACCAUUGCAUGUGGCAGCUGAAAAUGGUCAACAAGGUGCAUGUGCUAUAUUAAUUGAACGAGGUUAUUGUUCAAUAACAUUAUGCAAUAGUUCUCAAUUAACACCCGCUGAUUUAGCCGAUCAUUAUGGUUUUCCAGCACUUGCCAACGAACUUCGUCUUCAUGAAGAUUCACCGCCUAUUUAUGAAAAUUCUUCUCCAAUUAGUCAGAAAAUUCAAUUAGAAAAUGCAACUAUUGUAAGAUUAGUUGUUAAAAAACGUAAUGUCGAACGGUCUGAUGCAUCAAAUCAAGUUGAUGAAAAUGAAUUAAUAAUAAACUCUACGAAUGAAACAAGUUCUUCCGCAGAUAAUGAAUCUUUUUCAUCAAAAAGAUUAGUAAAUCAUCGUUUUGAUGUAUCUGAACUUCGUAAUCGUGUUGAAAAACAUGAAGCAAGUAGACUUAGUUCAAUGACAAAUAGUGAUCAAGUUGCAAAUGUUCUUAUGCACAGUAUGGAUUCACUUAAUCAACAACAAAAAAAUCCACGACGUCCAAAAUUACCAUCACAAACUUAUGCACCAUGGCUUAAAACGGGUAACAUGACACCAAAAGCAUUUGAACAAGAAAUUCAGAAAGUUGGAUCGAAUUUACGCAAAGUACGACGUGAUAGUUCGUCAAAAGCGGAUAAUAUAGAUUCAAAUUCUUAUGUAGAAAGACGACGACAAAGUCGAUCACUUGGACCUCCUGUAAUGCCAUCAGCAAGAACUGAAGAAACAUCAUCUAUAACAUCUGAUAAUGAAUAUUUAAAUAAUCAAAAUAAUAAUACAUCGAAAAGACCUGAAUUUCAAACAGGUCAAAACGCAGUUCCGGUUUCAAAGUCACAUCAAUUUAUAACUGGAUCUUCUCAAUCAGGUUCACAGUUUGAUAAACCUGAAUGGCAACGUGCUCUAAUUGAGCGUCGUCGAACUGCAGCUGUGGAAUAA